ACACAAUUGGCACACAAUUUAAGACAUUAAUAUUUGAAUAUUUAGGACAAUCCGUCGGACUUCUCCUACUUCUUCGACACAUCCCGUCGCCGGUGCUGUAAUAUAGCGCCCGAACGGUUCGCUAUCGAUAGCUCUGUAUUACAGUCGGAUGUGUUGAACACGACUCAAACGAUCUCAAGCCAGUCAUCCGAAGUACAGCUGACGCCCCAAAUGGAUAUGUUUAGCGUCGGCUGUGUUUUGGCCGAACUCUUCUCAGACGACGCCCCGAACGGCAAUCUCUUUGAUUUGGCGGAUCUGUUGGCCUUUAGAAUCAAUCAAUUCUAUCCCGAAAAGGCCUUAAAUUCUAUAUCCACUGAAAAUAUCAGACAAUUAGUGGAGAAUUUGAUUAGUUUAGAGCCGAAGGAACGGAAACUAAGUUCACAAAUACUCACAGAAUUGAGUGAUUCUGUGUUUCCCAAGUAUUUCGAUUUGCUUUACGAUUAUUUGCGACAAUUAGUACGCCUUCCGCCCGACGCGAAGAUCAUACGACUCGCGCAAGACAUGGACGGCCUGUUGGGUCCGAUCCUCGAACAGGACGCACAGGGAUUGCUUCUCAUCUUAGUUGUGAUCACAUCAUCGAUGCGGGCACUCAAACACAUUCACUGCAAAAUUUUGGCUCAACGCCUGUCCUGUAAGAUAGCGAAGGCCUCUCCAGUUAUGUCGGCGUUCAUAACAGACAGACUAUUGCCUUAUUUGUUGCAUUCGCUCAAUGAGACCGACCCCAGAGUGAGGGCCGAGACAAUCAUCUCAAUCACCUAUAGUUUAGAACAAGUGACUAAAUUACCCGCAAGUGAUAAUAAUGUCUUCACGGACUAUAUUCUUCCAGUUUUGUGUCAGGUGGUGUCGGACCGGUCAGUGUUCGUAAGGCUCACAUUAGCGGCAAACAUAAGCCGUUUAUCAAAAGUAGCGCUCAAUUUCUUGGGUCAAUCGUGUGAUCAGAACUACGACGAAGAGCUGUCUCUGCUUCACGACUCAUUCCAGUUGAUUGUCUCACAACUGCUCACCGACUCAAACAAUUGUGUCCGACGGACACUACUGUUGACGCCCCACAGCUGUGCCAACCUUUGCGUCUUCUUUGGCAGACAAAAGACUAAUGAA